AUGUCUGAGCUCAUGCGAACCAUGCAGACUUCGCUUGAAUACUAUGUUUUUGGCCGCGACACCCCGGAGUCCCUCUAUGACGCCGACGUGCUCCAGGCAAACAGGAAUAAGGUGACGAUGAUGUUCGCCGGCAUUGGAGAUGCUCGCAACCUGCACGCCUCGUUGGUGCACAUAGCUGGAGACAAGAUCAAUGGCAAGCUGGAUGGCAAGCUCUUCCACGUGACGCUUGUGGACAUCAAGCCAGCGGUGAUUGCUCGAGACAUUGUCAACUUCCUCCUCCUAGACGGCCUCAGUGGCUGCGCCAACAAGCCGGCAUCGGGCAGCCUCCUGGCUUGUCUCUACUACACUUAUUUGGCGCCAGUGAUGCCCGCCCGGCUCUACGAAGUCCUCCAGGAACACAUCCAGUCUGCCGUAGACAUACUCGAAGACCGCCGGCCCCUUCCGAAGUACCUCGAUAUCCCGCACUUGUAUCGAGCGCCUGUGCUGAAGGUCCUAAAAGAGUGGCAGCACGAUGCUAGUGCCGAGUAUCCGAGACGCCAGCAGAAUGGCAAAAGGAGCUUCCUACCCUUUGGCCUCACAACUCCGUUACUUCCAGCCAUCGACACUAUCCGCAAGUACCGAGUCGUCUUCAAAAACGCCAGUGGUGACGAAGAGAACGUCCCGGUCUUCGUGCUGGCCUUCUUCGUCGGUGGCUCGUUGCCGCUGCGAUCGAACAUCCGUCCUUUCCUGCUCAGCGACGAGAAAGCAGACUCCGCAGCUAAAGCAAAGCAGUUACGAGAGGAAGGCUCGCAUAUCGUCAGCACGUGGAGCUGGUCGAAGAGCGAGCGGUCGGCGACAUUCUGGCUGCGCAAGGAUGCUAUGGAUCAAAUGCAGCAACAAGGGAAUUGGGAAUUGGCCAUCUGGCGAACGGACAACUGGCUGCGACAAGGCUCGCUGGCUGCCGUGAGGGAUGUAAUUGAUACUGGGGAUAGUUGGACUUCGACGCAGUGA